CGUUGCCUCGUGACCGCGCCCAGGGUCCGAACUCCCGAAGCGUCGCGCCGCCGCCCAUCACGGACAUCGGACAGGAGAAGAGAAGCGGGAGCACCGGAGCAGGCACCACCGCCGAGGCGACGAGGUCGCCGUGCUCCCCAUCCGCUGAGGUAGCUGCACUCCGGCCUCCGCGGCUGCCGGCUCCGCCAACGCCCAGUCCCAAGGCGAGCAGGCACCCACGGCAGCACGGCUGUCGCGGUAGUAUUUAAGGAACAGGGAAACAUCUGCUACCGCCCAAUCUUUCCCCUUCCCGGACUGCUCGCUGGACGCCGAGGACGGGUGUGAACUAAUUCUCUGGCAAUACUCUUUUCCUUCUUCAAAUGUGUGAAAAUAUAGGCAGUCCGGUACGUGUCCGCCGUCUGUUUCCACUCACCGUGUGAUACUGUGAUGGUGGACUUGGACGAGCCGCUCGAUGCGGCUGUAACUGCGGAGAAGGGCAAGGCGGCGCUACAACGGUUACUUGAGGCUGACCCUGCACUCUUCCUCUCCCCCUCUGCGGACCUUGCUGCUGCCGCCCGAGCGGCCUCGCAGCACAUCUACUCCUCACUGGUGCCACUCUACCCUGCUCAGCCUCCACCGCUCCCUACCCUCCUCACGGACCCUGCCUUCGAUGCCGAGCAGAUUUGGUCCCAGAUCGAGCUGCUUGCCCGCCCACUCCUCCCUCAGCUGGGCCGCCAGCUCCGUCGCAUCGUGCAGCAACCCUCCUCGCAACAGCCUCCUUUGAAAAUGCCUGCUGUCGCGGAGGGUGAGCAGUUGGAGGAGGAUGGAGAAAGUAGCGAUUCAGAGGAAUUGAAGAAUGCGGAGGAGUUGGAGGGGACAGAGGAUGGGGAGGAGUUGGAGGGGACAGACGAUGAGGAGGAAAUGGGUGACAAGGAGGAGGAAGAAGCGGAGCUGGAUGGGAGAGGAGGGAAUGGUGUGGAGGAUGAAUUCCUGAAGAUAGAUGAAUUGACGGAGUUCCUGGAGAAGGGUGAAGAAGAGGAGUAUGGUGAUGGAGCCAAACGGAGAGAGAAGUCAGUGAAAAACUGGAUGGUUGAGAGUGACACUGAGGAUGAAGAUGAGGAUCAAUUGGAUUUAGAAGAUUUUGAGGAUGAUGACGAGGAUGGUGAAGCAGGCGGUGGAGAUAUUCUGUAUGAAGAUUUUUUUGAGAAUGGACACAACAAGCAAGCUAAGAAGAGAGAUGGUUCCACAAAGAAAGUUCAAUUCAAGGAUGAAGCACAUGAAGUUGAACUCCAUGACAGUGAGAAUGAUGAUGGAAAUGAUGAACAAGAACAUGGUCUCUCAACUCACGAAAAGGAGCGUCUGAAGAUGCGUACUAAAAUAGAGCAAAUGGAGAAAGCUAAUCUUGAACCCAGCACGUGGACCAUGCAGGGAGAGGUUACUGCUUCUAGGAGGCCCAAAAACAGUGCCCUAGAAGUGGACCUUGAUUUUGAGCACAAUGUAAGACCUGCCCCUGUAAUAACCGAGGAAGUGACAGCUUCCCUUGAAGAAAUGAUAAAGAAAAGAAUCGCAGAGAGUCAUUUUGAUGAUGUUGAGAAGCCGUCUCUCUUGCCAUCUAAAGCUCCAAAGGAGCACAAGGAACUGGAUGAAACUAAGAGCAAGAAGGGUCUUGCUGAACUGUAUGAGGAUGACUAUGCACAAAAAGCAGGCAUUGCACCUGCCCCACUUUCUAUUUCAGAUGAACUAAAGGAAGAGGCAAAUACUUUAUUUAAGAGGAUAUGUUUGAAAUUGGAUGCGCUAUCGCAUUUCCACUUUGCUCCAAAGCCAGUCAUUGAGGAUAUGUCUGUGCAAGCAAAUGUGCCUGCUUUAGCCAUGGAAGAGAUUGCACCUGUAGCUGUUUCGGAUGCUGCAAUGCUUGCCCCUGAAGAGAUAUUUGAAGGAAAAGGUGAUGUUAAGGAAGAGGGGGAACUUACACAGGCUGAGCGCAAGAGAAGAAGAGCUAACAAGAAAAGGAGAUAUGCAGCAUCCCAUAAGGAGAGGACAGCGCCAGCCAAGUUGCAGAAAGAUUAAACUCAAUGUUUUUUUCUCACUAGUUUCUAAAUGGUACAAGAGCGAUAAACUGGCAAUACAUAUUUUCCAAAUUUUGUAUUGUACCCUCUGCUAGUAGCUUUUACAUGAACAGUAAAAUGUGACCAUUUAUAUUUCUACAGAAGCACACAAGUUCGAGAGUUUUGAUUUGCUGAAGUGCAAUUUUGAGAGUGCAAAAAAAGACUUGUCUGUUGAACCCUAGGUAUCGGUAGAAACAUCAUCCUACGACCUAACCGACCUAACCGAUGGUUAUGGUUAUGAGUAUAAUUUUCUUUCCAGCUAUUGCAAUUGAAGUCGGUCAUAUUCAAUCUAA